CAUUGUCAGACUAUUGUCGCCAUGUCUGCUGAACAUCCAACGCUUGUGGCGGCCAUUCGCCAAGGCCAAUUGAACCCCCGUACAGGCCAAUUCAAGCACCAGGGUAGGACCUUGUCUUUGAGCGAGACCUUGAAGCAAGAUCUUAUCGAUACGGAGUCUCAUUUAACGGAGGGCAUGUCUUUGAGCGACGCCCUAGGGCAAGGCCUGAUCGAUAGCCGCUCCGGCAAAUUUGUGGACCGGUACUCCGGCCAUUGUGUGCCACUGUCAGAAGCUAUUCAAAGAGGCCUUUUAGAUCCCAAUCGCCUUGAGAUAUUUGACACGAAGUCGCAACAAAAGAUAACUCUGCAAUCCGCUCUGAACUCCAAUGUUAUCAUUGAGGCGAAUGGCAAGUACCACACUGGGAAGAUCGAAUUGCCUCUAAAUGAAGCGGCUAAGAAGAACUUCAUUUACAAUCCAUUGACACUGAAAGAAUGCGACGAUUACGAGCUGUUGCAAGAAGAAAAUGCCUCAAUCAAGGACCCCAUAAACAACACUUCCAUGAGUCUCUUGGAUGCUGUUGGAGCUGGGAUCCUGGAUGUUGAUCUUCAAUCGAUCAAAGACACUCGUCGCGAUCAAUACGUGAAUUUGGCAGAGGCCUUGAAGACGGAUAUUGUUGAUCCCAAGCGAUUCGAGUUCCUAGAUACCGCCUCAGGGGACAAAAUUCCGUUGUCCGAGGCUGUGAAAAAGGGAUACUUGACCACCGUGGCCCAAAAAUCCAUUUUUGACAUUGACGGAAUCAAGGAUCAGAGCACUGGUGAUUUCAUUAGUUUCAACAUCGCUCUCGAUAAAGGUGUGAUCGAUAAAGUCAGUGGCAAGGUUGUGGACCAAAGAACCAAGCACAAACUUGGAUUCUCCGAAGCUGCUCAAAAGGGAUUGAUCCAGGAUCAGCUUCUUGACAUGUUAAAACGCCCCAUUGGAAUUAAGAAUGCGAGCGGAAAAGAGGGUUCUCUACUUGAGGCUGUCACCGACGGAAAAGUUGAUCCCAACUCGGGACUCAUCAUUGACACUACCACCACCAAAACGAUUCCCUUGGAACAAGCUAUUCAAAAGGGAGUCAUCACUGCGUUGGGCGCGGCCGUCCUGAAAAGUUUAUUGAAUAUCACUGUCACAACAGCUACAGUGACUCAAACAGUUCGAAGAUCUGUUCAAAUAUCGUCUGGCGAUGUCCAUGAAGGUGGACUUCUCUUUGAUGACGCUAUGAGGCACGGUUGGAUUGAUGAAGCCAAGGGUUUAUUUAAUCACCCUGAAAGUGGAAAGAUGCCCAUUGAAGAGGCGCUCAGCUUGGGAUUGUUGCAGAUGACAUCGUCGUCGUCUAGCUCCACGUCCAUGAGAAAGUCCUCCCAGAUGUCCUCCUCGAGCUACUCCCAACAUAGCUCAAGUCGGUCGUCACCGAUCAAAGAACAUCGCUCCGAUGAGUCCUCGCCACGGGAUUCUAGAGGCCAAUCUCCAGACAAGUUUGGCCGAAAAGAGUCCGUGACUUCAUCUCGAAAGACAUCAACUUCUAGCAAUGGAAGUAGCUCCCUGAGGAGAUCGGUGAAUCCGCCUAAAAGUGGGACCACUCAAACGAGGAAAGACUCAAGAGUGGAGGGUCUUGAUACUGCUUUUGAGGGCACCGAGGUCUCGUCAACGACUACGUUUUCGGCCUUCAAAUCAAGUAGCGUGUACCAAUCGAGUAUGGAUUGUGAAUCCACCAAUGGAUCCACGCGAGACUUGAGCGUUCCAUCCUUCACACUAAAAGAUGCCAUUGACGAUGGUUUAUUGGAUGGUGCAAAAGGAUUGUUUAAAGUGCCAAACUCGGAAAGCACCAUUAAUUUCAAAGAAAGUGUCGAAAUGGGCUACAUCAGAUCAAGGUCGGCCUCGGUGGUGCUCACUGAAAUGGAGCAGCCUCCAAUGAAUUUAAAGAAGGCUCUAGAGCGCGAUUUUAUGGAUGAUUUUGGCGUAACUAAGGAUGGUAGACGUACGUACACCAUUCAACAGGCUAUGAGGACAGGGAGGAUAAAAAACAUCAAGACCUCUUCCCAACGGAGCUCUUCAAGAGCCUCAAUUGCCUCUGAGAUCGACACUGGAGACGAUUACAUCGACAUUCAGCAACGAAUCAGGUUCAAGAAGAAUACUGGAGCCUUCGAGGUUCACCCCGACCUUACUCCAGCGGACCUCUUGCAAGCUCUUCAAGAAGACAAAUUGAGACCCCAUGAUAUUAUGGUACGUUGCCCAACGAAAGAGAACACUUCUUUGAAUAUUCUCGAGGCAAUUCGAGCAGGAUAUAUUGACAAAAAUACUGGAGAGUAUACGACGAACAAAGGCAAGAAGCACAACAUUGUCGAUGCCAUCAAGUUUGGUUACAUUACCUUCAUGGGCAUUCCAAACAAGACUUCGCCGUCCACCGAACAACAAAACAUUGUCGCCCCGUCCAAACAGGGAAUUCGGGAUGGAACCAUUCAUGCUCGAGUGGUUCAGAGUGGUGUGACAACGACCAGGAUUUCGUCCUUCAUGGUUGAGGUACCGGGAACCGACGAGGAAAUUACUUUGGAUGAGGCUGUCAGUCGUGGAUUGGUUAGUGAGGAAACGGCCAAGCUUUACAAGGAAGAGGUCACCACAGAUUCUCAAGUAGAAUCUGUUGUGGUUCUCAUAACGAAUCCCGAAACUGGCGAAGAAAUUCCGAGCGAUGAGGCUGUGGCCAAAGGCAUUGUAACCCAAGAGGAGGUGGAAGAAUUUCUUCAUAUGCAAGACCACCAGGCUACUUCGGUCUCCGAGGUUCGACGAGGUUCCAAAGCCAUUGGCAAAGUGGAAGCUGGAAAGAUCCAAUCAACAUUAACCAAGAGACCUAGUAGCCCCAGUAAAGAUCACUCUAGGCCCUCGUCAGCUGCCUCAAGAGAACCUCAACGGAGUCUUUCUCGUUCGUCAUCUCGGCGAACAACUCCAUCCAGGAGUUCACCUUACGAAGAGCCGUCGAAACCCGCCUCUAAAACACCCUCUACCAGAUCAACACCUUCAAGAUCUGUGCCCAUUUCGAAGGAAAGCUCCCCUACGAAGUCAUCUCGAGAGCCUUCAUUUCCAAUUUCUCCUGAGAAGGAUAAGGUUUUCAAAAAGCCUGCACCCCCAGGUCGUGAAACCAAUGGUUCUGGUCCUGGAAGAUCUAUUCCAGUUACGAAGGAGACCCUCCCUACUAAUGGAACAACCGCAACCAAUGGCGUGCCCAAGACUAAACCAACCUCAAGACUUCCGAGGAGAUCGCCUUCACCGCCCAAACCUGGAUCACCCGUAAAAGAGUCGAGACCAUCUUCAGUAGGCAAGCCCUCUACUUUACCAACGAAGGAGACUGGUGCUCCAAAGAGACCCACGUCCUUGGGAUCACCUACAAAAGAUAAGCCUUUCCACAAGAGCCCGUUUUCUUCUCGGCGCGAGUCGCCCAAAUCCCCGACAAAGAGUUUCUCACCAGCUCUAUCGAGGUCCUCCUCUCAAAGGGCUAAAACAAGGAAGACGUCGUCGUCUUCUUCCAACUCCUCCUCUGGCAGCUCAUCAGACGAAGAUAAAGACCAAUACCGCACGGAAAUGACCAUAGAUCUGGACAAGCAGAUCGACAAGGAGGAUUAUGCGUCAAUUACUCGGACCGAGAGUGCUUCUCACACCGUGCGGACACAAAUUGUAAACUUGAAACCUGGCUAUGCUCUCUCAACUUUGGAUAAUGUCCGCAAUUUAGCCACUGGUGAGACCAUGUCAAUCUAUGAAGCCAAACUUCGAGGAAUCGCGUCAGACGUCCGAGAUGAUAAAUCCGAGUAUGUGACUCAACAAGUCCGGGUCUUCGUUAACGAGGCCAUCAAUAAAGGACUCAUCAACUUUACAUCAGGCACUUUCACGCACCCAAUUUCAGGCGAGCCUAUGCCCAUUGGAGAUGCCAUUCGCCAAGGUCUUUUGAUCACCAAUUUGAAGGACGAUAAAACAACUGAAGUUUCCUACUUCAACAAAGAAGCUCAAACAAUCUCUCUGGGCGAUGCUUUCCAACAUUGCUUUGAUUUGAAGACUAAGAAAUUCCACAAAUCUGCCUCCCAAGAGAAGGUUACGCUAACCCAGGCAGUCGAUGAGGAAUGGAUCAACGGCCAAGAUGUGAUCUUUGACGUGUCUUCAAAUUCUCAGACUACGCUCAAAGAAGCUCUAGACACUGGAGUCAUCAAUGGUAAGACUUGCGAGUACACUGUCAAGACCACAAAAGAGAAGUUCUUCAUUCUUGAGGCAGCUCAGAAAGGUUUGGUGGCCGUCUUCCCGGAAGCUGAGCCUGAACUUGAAUUGGCUGAUGUUACAUACACUCUACAAGAGACGUUUGACAAUGGAGUCUUUGAUAAAAGGACCAAUCUGUUCAUGGAAGUCGUCAACCAAAAGGAGAUCACCAUUAUCCAAGCCUUGCGUGUUGGACUUAUCGAUUUCCGAUCUGCUGAAGUUCGAAACACCAAGAGUGACGACACCUUGAAUCUCUAUGAAGCCAUUGAGGAAGGGGUCAUCAAUAAGAAAUCUGGCAAGUUUGUUAACCUCAAGACCCAGACCGAAAUGACACUCUUUGAAGCCUAUGAACAAGGGUUUAUUGUUGCUUUGGAACGCCAAGGCUCUCCAUUUGAGUGCAUCACCUUGUGGGAUGCCAUAGAUCGAAACCAGCUGGAUACCCAAACUGGCAUGUUCUAUUCCGUUCACGAAGAAAAUAAGAAGAUGACCCUAGAGGAGGCCGUCUAUCGGAAGUACAUCGACAAGAAAUCAGCCUUUGUCAAGGACACUUGGAAACGCAAAUAUUGCAGUCUGUCCGAGGCGUCACGGAAGAACGUCAUCAAAGACGGUCGUGUCAUGAACACAACCACAGGCAAGUACCUAUCUGUCCAAGAAGCCAUCGAUCUCGAAAUUAUCGUUCGCGAUAUUCGACAUCUGUCUUUGAUCGAGAUUCUCGACUUUGGCAUGUACCAGCCUCACAGCGGUCAAUUGAUCAUGCCUGGGUUCGACCGUCAAAUAACAUUACGCGAAGCUAUAGAAUUCCGUCUCAUCGACCAUCAGAAAACGAUUGUGAAGAACCAGAAAUCCCAACGAUACAUUAGCACCCUCGAGGCCCUCCGCUCGGGUGACAUUGAUGGCAACACCGGCAUGUACGGUUCCAUGAACUUGCUCGAAGCCCGCUCCAAGGGCUACCUCCUAACCAAUGAUGCUAUGAAAGCCGUUCAAGAGAAAUUCCGCCAAGCUGGCGAGAAUUUGGAUGAUUUGAACUCAUGGUUGGACAAGAUUGAGCGAGAGAUCGCUGGACAAGAGGCCUUGAGCGAAGAUGUGACCAAUUUGAAGAGUCAGAUCAAGACCAUGAAGGUCAUCAAGGAUGAUGUGGACGACCACAACCGACCAGUCAACAAUACUAUUGACAUUAUUGUUGAACUGGUUGAGACCGGAUCUGACGUGCUCAGCUCUGCCGAACUCAACCAACUCCAAACCGAGGGCAAGCGUCUCAAAGAGCGUUACACUUAUGUGUCUGAUAGCUCUGACAAGCUCAUGAAACGAAUGGCAUCUGCAAUGGACGAGUUGGCUAAAUUCCGCGGCGAGAUGGGAUCUUUCCGUACCUGGUUGGAGAAGGCCUUUAAGACCCUAGAAGACAAAGAGAGACAAUUGGCCAACCUGAACAAGCUCCAAGGCAACGCCGACGACAUCAAGUCCUUCGUCAGUGACGUCAUGACGCAUGGAGCUGACCUUAAGUUCUUGACCAUCUCCGGGCAAAAGUUUGUGGAUUUAUCCAAGGAUUAUGUGUCAUGUUUGAACGAGUUCCGCGUGAAGCUCCGAUCAAGUCACUUGAAGCAAGGGGAAUCCCAAGUCUCUGACGAAGUUACUCGAGUUUCGGGUGAUUAUCAUGAAUUGUUGGAGCGUGCCAAUCGCUUGGCCGACCGGUUCACUCGUGUGGGAAGCAAGCAACGGGAUUACAACGAUGCCGUGGACCGUGCCAAGAAAUGGUUGGGACAAACAGAACCAAAGGUCUCCAAAUUGUGCUCUGAACCCAUCGGAGCCGAGCCUCGUGUGGUUGAAGACCAACUCAACCGAUCUAAGGCUCUUCAUAACGAGAUCAUUGCCAAUCGGAAGCUCGUUGACGAUGCCAAACAAGCGGCUUUUAAUCUGUUGUCUUCCUUGGACGACGGUCAAAUGUCUCCUCAAGAGCGAAGACAAAUCGAAGUCACGCCCAAUGAACUCCAAGAACGGUAUGAUUCGAUUAAUGACGCCAUGGCAUCUCGAUGCGCCGAAUUGGAUAGCGCCCUUGUGCAAAGUCAAGGCGUUCAAGAUGCUUUGGCUAAUAUUGAUGGAUGGUUAAAUUUGGCUGAUAAUCAAUUGAAAUCCAUUAAUAAACCCGCCAGUCUCAUUCGUGAGCGACUGGAUGAACAAAUCCGACAAGUUAGAAUCCUCCAAGCCGACAUCGACAGCCACGAGCCCUCCAUUCAAAAGAUGUACCAAGCCGCUCAGGAUUUCGUUCAAAGCGCCAAGAACAUACGCGAGUCCAAGAAGAUCGAGACAAAGGUUAAGGAAGUCCAGAAGAAAUUCGAGGGUCUGAUCAAAACCGUCGAGAACCGGGCUAUCUUCUUGGAUGAGGUUUCCCGUGAGUUGGAUGACUUCACCGUUCGCGUCGAGAACUUUGAUGAAUGGUAUGUCGAGAUGAUUGACAUCUUGGAAUCGCGAGAAAUGCUCGCCAUGGAUGCGGAUGAAUCUGGAGCCAAGAUCGACGAAAUCUCCCGACGCAAGGAUCAGAAGCGACCUGAUUUCGAAGAUAUGAUGAGAAUUGGCAAGAACUUGGUGUCCAAGAAGGAUGUCACGGAUAGCGGACCCUGCAAGGAUACCCUGAAGGAGUUGGAAGAGAAGUGGAACGAACUUGGAGAAAUUCUCGGAGAACGGCAAAAUUUGGAUCGAGCCCGAAAGCAGUCUCUGAAUGCCUACGAACAGUUGAGGAUGGAUGUCACCCGUUGGCUUUCCAACAUGGAAAGAAAGGUGGACAGUUUGGAACCCGUCGCCGUGGAUUCUGACAUUCUCAAGCGACAAAUUGAUGAAGUCAAGCCCUUGAUUCAAGAACACUCCAGCUAUAGCAAGACCAUUGACAAGUUCAACGAGAUUGCCAUUCAAUACGAUUCCUUCCUCCGUGGAAACAUGGAGAAUGGAUCUAGCGUGAACCGAAGAGCUAGCGUCACCCCAAGGAAGUCAUCGUUGACCCCUGCUCUCUUGAGCAAUUCCAGGCGGCCCUCUGCCAUUUCGGGCAAGUUUGGACCAGCUGGAUCUCGACGAGAGUCGGCUGCUCCCAUGUUCCAAGAUCAAAGCCCCGUUCAGCUUCAAUUGGCCGAGGUCAACAACCGUUAUGACAUGAUUGGAAUGCGAUUGAGUGAUCGUGACAAGGAUUUGGUCAUCCGGAAAGAGGAAAUCAGAAUUCAUUUGGACAACAUCAAGAAGAUUCAUGCCUUUUUAGAGAAACAAGAACGUAACUUCCCCCGAGAUACUGUUCCAACAGAUAAGAGAGAGUCUGACAAGAUGCUUCGAGUAAUCAAGGGUAUCCUCGAUCAGCUCUAUGAGAACCAACCCCUCCUCGACGAAACCAAGGUGGGUGUUAAGGAUCUUCUGAAGAAAAACAGAGACGCCCCUGGAGCACCCGAAUUGGAAGACCGUCUCAAUGAAGUCGUCUUGCGAUGGAAGGACCUUCAAGACAAAUGCAAGGAGAAGGUCGAUCUCUUGGACGAGCUCAAGGACUUCCACGAGUUGCACGAUAGCCUCAACAACUGGCUGAACGCCAAGGGACGCAUGAUGAACGUACUCGGACCGAUUGCUUCUGAUCCUCGUUUGGUCCAAAACCAGAUGAGUCAAAUUGCCGUCAUGAGAGAAGAAUUCAAUGAAAAACUUCCCCAGAAAGAUCGGUUCAACGAGAUUGGCGAGCUCUUGCUUCAAGACGGAGGUGAUAAGCAAGUCGAAGACAAGCUGGACAACAUCAACCACAAGUGGGACGACCUUUUGGCUCAACUCGAAGAACGCGAGAGGGCUCUGGAUGCGUUGGCAGGUCCAACGAGGGACUUCAUGAACCUCACCAACAAGCUCACUGACAAUCUGGGCAAGAUCAGUGAUGGUCUCGACGACGUGGCUACAAGCAAGGCCGAUCCUGAGCAAAAGAUGAGAAGUUUGGAAGGCAUCUCCAACGAUUUGGACAAUCAACGCCCUCUUUGGGCCGAGAUCGAAUCAGUCGGAGAUCAGUUGAUGGACAUCCUCACGGAUCCUGCCUCCAAAUCCGAGAUCAAGGGCAAGUUGGGACAAGUUGAGCGACAGUUCAAUAACUGUCAAAAGAAGUUGGACAAUGCCUUGGCUGAGCUUGAGAAUGCUGCCCGCGAAGGUCGAGAAUUCGAUUCUGCUUGCGCCAAUAUGGAAGAUAUGCUCGGGCAAUUUGAACACAUGCUUGCCGAUAAACUAGCCAUAUCUGCUGAUAAGGAGAUCCUCCGACAGCAAAUCCAAGAGUAUGAACCCAUUUACCAAGAGAUCAUGGGCAAGGAACACGAAGUCAUUAUGAUCAUCAACCGGGGUCGCGACAUCAUAACCCGAGCAAAGAAGGGUGACACCAGGACCAAGCAAAAGCUCGAGAACAUCGAAAAGACGUGGCAGAAACUUAAGAAGAUCGCCCAAGACCGCCAGAAGCGUUUGAACACUGCCAUGGAACAUUGCAGGAAGUACAACUCCUCCUUGGAUCGCUUCAUCCCAUGGCUGGAAAAGGCAGAGACCACCCUCGAAAGGAUGGCUCCUAUUAGCUUCGUCAAACCAGAGCUUCAGAAACAAGAGAAGGAGUUGCAAUCCUUCAGAAACGAUGUCAAUCGUCAUUCAUCCGAGUAUGAGGGGACCACGUCGGGUGGUUUCACUUUUGUGGAUGCUUGUGAUGUGGACAAAGAGAUUGUGAAGGAAGAGUUGGCUAUUCUCAAAGAGCGAUGGGAUAACCUGAACUUGAGUAUCACUGAUCGAAGCCAAGCCAUUGCCGAUAUCUUGAACAAGUUGGGCGACUUCAACGAUGACGUUAGGGAUUUGGGUAACAACUUGAACCGAAUGGAGGACAAGAUGAAGUCUCUCGAUAAUGCACCUCAAGAUGCCAAAACAUUGGAUGCCAUCAAGGGUCUUUUAGAAGAUGCGAAUGGCUUGGACAAGCUAUUUGGUAAGGUCCAGAAGAAUGGGGAUGACCUUAUAAAUGAUGCCGACCACCUUGGCUCGGAUGCCAGCAACAUUCAAGAUACUGUGGGACGACUAGGUGAUCGAUUGGGUGACCUUCGUGAUCGUCUGGAACACAAAGCGGAUGACCUUCAAAAUGCAGGUCAAGCUUUGGGCGAAUUCAACGACAAGAUCAAGGAGCUUAACAACGCUCUGUCCAUGUUGGACGAUGAACUCAAUAAGAUGGGCCCUAUUGGUCGCGAUCUGGAAAUCCUCAACCAUCAAAUGGACGAGGUCCACACAUUCGUUUCCAAGAUCCAACGUCAUCGUAUCGAAGUGGAAGAUGCUGCUCAUCUCGCUGAUGAUCUGGCAUCUCGUGGGUUUACCAGUGGCCGUGAGGCCAAGGAAACCAUCAAUGGACUCAACCGACAAUUGGAGAAGUUGGAUUCUCGAGCUCACUCCCGGGAGAAGGAUAUUGAUAGCAUGAUCGUCAAGGUACAAGCUUUCUAUGAUCUUUACUCUGGAGUCAUGGGAGAUAUUCAAGAGGUGAUCAACGAAGAGCGAGCCUUUGGAGCUAUUGGUGGCGAUAUUGACAGCAUCAAGCAACAGCAAGAGGAAUUCAAGAACUUUCAGCGACGUGUGGUUGAGGCUGUGGGCAAAGAAGUCGAGAAGACCAACCGCAAUGGUCAAAGCCUCAUUCAAUCAGCCGCCUCUGGUGUGAAUACCUCUACCAUAGAGCAGGAUUUGGAGAAGAUGAAUGAUCUGUGGAACAGCCUGAAACAGAACAUCGCCGAUCGAGAUCGCAAAUUAGAUCAAGGUCUCUUGCAGUCUGGCAAGUUCCAAGAAGCUCUCAAUGGGUUGUUGUCUUGGAUGGAUGAGAUGGACGACAUGCUGGCCAAUCAGAAGCCACCUUCAUCUGACUACAAGGUCAUCAAGGCCCAAGUCCAAGAGCAAAAGUUUGUCGCCAAGUUAUUGGGAGAUCGGAAGAGUGCCAUCGCUUCACUCGUGAAGAUGGGCAAAGAAAUUGCUGCCACUGCUGAUCCUGCCGAGCGUCGAAAACUUGAGAGUGACAUCAAUAACCUCGAGGGUAGGUACGCCGAUUUGAACAAGCGUUGCCAAGACCGAAUGGAUCUUCUCGAGGAUGCCAUGAAGAUGGCCAAGGAGUACAACGACAAACUUGGACCUCUCGAGAAAUGGCUGGAUAAGACUGAGAAGAAAGUCAAGGAUAUGGAAACCGUUCCAACAGAGGAAGAUCAAAUCCAAAGAAGAAUUCAAGAACACGAUCGCCUUCACGACGAUAUCUUGGGCAAACAGCCAUCGUUCGACGAUCUGGCUGAUAUUGCCAGCGCCCUAAUGCAAGUCGUUGGAGACGAGGAUGCACAAGGAUUGGCCGACAAGAUCGAGGAGCUCACCAACCGUUAUGGCGCUUUGGUCAAUGCCUCUGACAACAUCAGCCAACUCCUCAAGGACUCAAUGGCCGGACUUAGGAACUUGGUCCUGGCUUACGAGGACCUCUUGUCAUGGAUGGAACGCAUGGAACAACGCCUUUCCAAGUACAAGAUUUUGUCCGUUUUCACCGACAAGCUGGUGGUUCAAAUGGAAGAACUCCAUGGAGUCACUGAAGAAGUGGUCUCGAAGCAGAGGAACGUUGAUGAAGUUCUUCAUCACGGCAAUGACCUUAUGAGGAACAUCACAAGUGAAGAGGCCCUCCAACUCAAGGAUAAAUUGGACUCGCUUCAACGCAAGUACAACGACCUCGCCACCAAGGCCGCCGAUCUGUUGAAGAAUGCCCAAGAGAUGCUGCCUUUGGUGCAGAACUUCCACCAAAACCACAACCGUUUGAACGAAUGGAUGACUGGAGUGGAGGGCAUCUUCCAAUCCUUGGACACCUACAACUUGGAAGAUCAAGAGCUUGAAAUCAAGCGCCUCGAGCAGGACGUCCAAGACAACCGACCUCUACUCGAGAGCAUUAACAUUUCUGGGCCUCAAUUGUGUCAAAUGUCACCUGGGGACGGUGCCCGCACCAUUGAAGACCUUGUCACUCGCGACAACCGUCGUUUCGAUGCCAUUUGCGAACAAAUUCAACGCCGUGGGGAGAGAAUCCAACUUUCCAAACAACGAUCAUCUGAGGUUCUUGGAGACAUCGAUGAACUGCUCAAUUGGUUCAGGGAAGUCGAAAACCAGAUCCGCGAAGCCGAUCCACCAUCCUCUGAGCCAGAUGUUAUUCGUGUUCAACUGAAAGAACACAAGGCUCUCAAUGACGACAUCUCCAGUCAAAAGGGGCGUGUUCGUGAUGUCCUGUCAAAUGCCAAGAAGGUAUUGCGCGAGAGUGCUCAAACCAGCGAAACUGAGCAAGUGAAGGAGAAGAUGGAAGACCUCAAGGAGACGAUGGACACUGUGAUCGUCCUCAGCAAUGAUCGUCUCAGCAUUCUGGAACAAGCCCUGCCUCUGGCGGAGCACUUCUACGAGACUCAUAACGAGCUCAGCAAUUGGCUAGAUGACAUUGAGAGAGAAGUGAUGAAUCAACUAGAACCGGGAAUGCGACCCGACCAAGUCGCCAAGCAACAAGAGAUCAACCGCUCGCUCAUUCAAUCCGUCCAAGACCACAAACCCGUCCUAGACCGUCUCAACAAGACCGGAGGUGCUCUAUUGCGCUUGGUUGUCGAGGAUGAUGCAUACAGGGUCCAAGACAUCAUUGAGAACGACAAUCAACGUUACAAUGCCAUCAAAGUUGGACUCCGAGAGCGCCAACAAGCUCUGGAGGAAGCCAUGCAAGAGUGCUCUCAAUUCACAGACAAGUUGGAUGGCAUGCUCAAUGCCUUGGCCAACACUGCCGAUCAAGUGAACAAUGCUGAGCCUAUCUCGUCACAUCCCGAGAAGAUCCGGGAGCAGAUGGACGAUAACAACGCCAUCAUUGACGAUUUGGCCAAGAAGGAGACAGCCUUCGAUGCGGUUAAACAAGCUGCUGACGACAUCAUCCGGAAAGCACCCAACAAGAAUGAUCCCGCCAUUAAGGACAUCAAGAAGAAGUUGGACAAGCUCAACCAAUUGUGGGAUCAAAUCCAAAAGGGAACCAAGGAUCGAUCUGACUCGUUGGAGGAUGCCCUGGCUCUGGCUGAGAAGUUCUGGGAUGAAUUGCAAGCUGUCAUGGCUCGUCUGCGAGAGAUUCAAGAUGCCCUCAACAACCAAGAUCCUCCUGGUGUGGAGCCCAAGAUCAUUGAAGCCCAAAAGGCCGAGCUCAAGAACAUCAAGCGAGAAAUCGACAACACCAAGCCCGGGGUUGAUGACUGCCGACAGACUGGCAAGAACCUUAUCAAAAUGGUGGGCGAUGCCGAGCGACCUGAGCUUCGUCGUCAUAUUGAUGAUAUGGAUCAAGCUUGGGACAACAUCACAUCGAUGUUCGCCAGAAGGGAGCAGAACCUGUUGGAGGCCAUGGAAAAGGCCAUGGAGUUCCACGAAACAUUGCAAAGUUUGUUGGAGUUCUUGGCCAAGGCUGAAAGAAAGUUCGACAAUCUUGGUCCCAUUGGUUCCGAUAUCGACCAAGUUAAGAAGCAGAUCGCCCAACUCAAGGCCUUUAAGGAUGAGGUCGACCCAUGGAUGAUCAAGGUCGAGGCAUUAAACAGACAAGCUCACGACCUCACCGACAAGACCGAUCCUGGCCAAGCUCGAUCCAUUAAGGAACCUUUGGCUGAUGUCAAUAAGCGAUGGGACGAGCUCAACAAGGGCAUCAGCAACCGUCAGAAGGACUUGGAGAAUGCUCUCCUUCGAUUGGGACAAUUCCAACAUGCUCUCAACGAGCUUCUCAUUUGGAUUGAGCGUACCGACAAAACUCUGGAUUCUCUGAAGCCCGUAUUUGGUGACCCGCAGGUGAUCGAGGUGGAAUUGGCCAAACUGAAGGUCAUGGUCAACGAUAUUCAAGCCCAUCAAUCCAGUGUGGACACUUUGAACGAUGCUGGACGACAGAUCAUCGAGUCUGACCAAGGUUCUCGCGAGGCAUCCAACACGCAACAAAAGCUGAAUGAAUUGAACACCAAGUGGAACAACCUCCUAGGUAAGGCCGAAGGUCGUCAAUUGGAGCUCGAGGAUGCACUCCGUGAAGCCCAAGCAUUCAAUCAAGAGAUCCAAGACAUGCUCUUAUGGCUGAACGAUGUGGACGCAGCCCUCUCUCAAUCCAAACCCGUGGGAGGUCUUCCCGAAACUGCCAAGGACCAAUUGGAGCGUUUCAUGGAGGUAUUCAGAGAUCUAGAAUCGACUGGCCCCAAGGUCGAGGCUCUGCUCGCUCGUGGUAAUGACUAUCUCAAGAAGUCCAGAGAUGGAUCCGCCACCAACUUGCAAAACAAUCUCCGAACCUUGAAGUCGCGAUGGGAGAACAUUCUUUCUCGAGCCAACGACAAGAAGAUCAAGCUUGAGAUCGCUCUGAAGGAAGCCACGGAGUUCCAUGAAGCUCUUCAAGCCUUCAUCGAUUGGUUGACUAGUGCUGAGAAGCGAUUGAGCAGCCUCAAACCCGUGUCGCGCAUCCUUGAAACCAUCAAGAUCCAAAUCGAAGAACACAAGGAGUUCCAAAACGAAGUCUCCUCUCAACGCGAGACCAUGUUGUCUUUGGACAAGAAGGGAACUCACUUGAAGUACUUCUCUCAAAAGCAAGACGUCAUUCUCAUCAAGAAUCUCUUAGUGAGCGUCCAAAACCGUUGGGAAAAGGUUGUGUCCAAAUCUGCCGAGCGCACUCGCGCUUUGGAUUAUGGAUACAAAGAGGCCAAGGAGUUCCACGACGCUUGGGAUCAUAUGUGCACUUGGUUGGAUGAGGCCGAGACCAGGAUGGGCGAUUUGGGAUCCCAAAACAAGAACGAUCCCAUCAAGAUCAAGAAGGAAAUCGAGCGUCACAAGCAGUUCCAGAAGGAGCUUAGUGCCAAGCAGCCCAUGUAUGAUUCCACCAUGAAGAACGGGAAGCAACUCAAGGACAAGGCACCCAAGACCGACGAGCCGGUCAUCAAGAGCAUGCUGAUCGAACUGAAGGAGAAGUGGCUCAAGGUAUGCAACUUGUCUGUGGAGAAGCAGAGGAAACUCGAAGAGGCCCUCCUGUUCUCGGGUCAAUUCAAGGAUGCUCUCAAGGCUCUUAUGGAUUGGCUCAAGGACAUGGAGAUGGCUCUCGACAACAAGACUCCAGUUCAUGGUGAUCUCGACACCGUGAUUGGUCUUGUUGAGAAGCACAAGAACUUUGAGCAAGAGUUGAAUGGACGCUCCGAACAAGUUGAUUCUCUCAAGCGAACCGCCGAAGACCUCCUUGAAACCGCUGAACGCGAAGAUGCAGUCAAGAUCCGUGCUCAAGUCACCGAGUUGACCAACAAGUGGGAGAAUGUCUGGUCGCUGAGCAAGAACAAGACCAAACGUCUCGAAGACGCCCUCAAACAGGCUGAGGAGCUCCACAAGUCCGUGAACAUGCUCUUGGAGUGGCUUUCGGAUGCUGAAAUGAAACUCCGAUUCUCCGGACCUUUACCCGAGGACGAAGAUGAGGUCGAAAGACAGAUCCGCGAGCACGAGAAGUUCAUGGCCGAGCUCAAGGAGAAAGAGAAGGACAAGGACUACACGCUCAAACUAGCCCAAGAGAUCUUGGCCAAGUGUCAUCCUGACGCCGUGAACGUGAUCAAGCACUGGAUCACCAUCAUCCAGUCGCGUUGGGACGAAGUGGCUUCUUGGGCUCUCCAACGCAAGGACAAGCUCGACGACCAUUUGAAACAGCUCAAGGACAUCCUCGCCCUCUUGGACGAGCUCAUGCAAUGGCUCAUAGGAAAGGAGAACGUCCUCACCGACCUCGAACGCGAGCCUCUACCGGAUGAUUUGGAGAUCAUCCGACAACUCAUCGAUGAGCAUCAAUCGUUCAUGGAUGGAUUAUCCACACGUCAACCCGAGAUCGACUCCGUGUGCAAGCCGAUGAGACCCAAAUCCACAGCUCCUUCCAGCCGCCGACCAUCGCGAAUGAGCAAGGCCCCUGGACGAGAAUCCCGAGAACAUUCGCCCGAUUUUGAUCCCUCGCGUAGACCAAGCCAUUGGAUCGACAGAGAGUGGAGCUCGCCCUCACGGGAUUACCCUAAACCCUGGCUUGAUUACUUAUAUGAGCAAAGCUCAAUUCCCAUCAGAGAUGAUAUCUACGGAGGUCGUAGAACAAGCCGAAUCAGCCCUGGAGAUCGGGCCACGCCUGAUCGUCGACCCAGGUUUGACCGGAAGGGAAGCCGUGCUAGUGUGAGCUAUGACCAAGGCAUAAAGAAUCCUCGAGCCAAGGCUCUGUGGGACAAAUGGCGUCAUGUGUGGAUGAUGGCUUGGGAACGCGACCGCAGACUCAAGGAGAAGUUGAGCUACCUCCAAGAGUUGGAGAACGUGAAGAACUUCAACUGGGAAGAAUGGAGGAAGCGCUUCCUGAAGUUCCACAACAACAAGAAGUCCCGUGUGACCGAUCUGAUGAGGAAGUUGGACGAGGAUGUUGACGGUUUCUUGGCUCGCGACGAGUUCGUCGAGGGCAUCCUCAAGAACAAGUUCCCCUCAUCUCGCUUGGAGAUGAAUGCCGUGGCCGAUAAGUUCGAUCACGGCGAGGGUAUGAUUGAUUGGAGGGAGUUCAUGGCUGCCCUUCGACCGGAUUGGGAGGACCGUGGUCCUCUGACCGACACCGAGCGGAUCGAUGACGAAAUCAACCGUCAAGUGUCCUCUUGCACGUGUAGACAGAAGUUCAAGGUGUUCCAAGUGGGAGAAGGAAAAUACCGGUUUGGCGAGUCUCAAAAGCUUCGGUUGGUCCGCAUCCUCCGAUCUACUGUCAUGGUCCGUGUUGGCGGCGGUUGGGUCGCUUUGGAUGAAUUCCUGGUCAAGAAUGAUCCUUGUCGAGUGGUGAUCCACAACCUGCCCAAUUUGGAGACUCCUGAUGAGCAUGAGUGGUGGUGUCCUUUUGGGAUACAAGUGGAGAUCAUCCGCAUGAACUCCACAGGUUCUUUAUCCGGUGGCAAUGAAUCGCGAAAGGCCAGCACUAAUAGCAGAAAAAGUUCCAAGGGCCGAACCAAUGUGGAACUCCGGGAACAAUUCACCCUUGCUUCGGGCGUGUCUCAGAGUAUGACGCCCUUCAAGAGCAGGGCUUCAGUGUCUGGAGCUUCUGGUCAACGACCAAGCGUCUCUGGACCCAUCACGAAGAUCAAAGAGAAAUCCGAAAGAAGUUUGCCAAUGCAAGGCACCCGCCAAUCCUUUGAUGCGGGUGGUGCCAGCUACGCCGAUGACACCAUGGCGUUCCAAUCUCGGCGCUCAUCUGCCAUGCCAAGUGGAUCCCGCAACGGGUCCCGGCCUCCAUCUCGAACCGGCUCAAACAUGUCCCUGAAUUCGGAUGACUCGCCUCGUGGAACUUCCGUCCGGCGAUCGUCGAGUAUGCGCUCGGGUGGGCGUGUUUCCUCGCUCCGCCCCAACCCGGUGGGUUUUGGCUCAUCGGCGCCGCGGAAGGCCUCCUCUCCGAUGACCAAUGGGAAUCGGAUGAGGACCAAUAGCAACUCGUCCACCGAUCGAACCCCGAUGUCUGCCAGGGUACGAUCCAAGUCGUAUAUAACCCCUCGGCCGAGUCCGCUAAUCAAGACCGCCUCCGCCACUAACAUUCCCGUCUUCGUGGGCUGCUAUUCAUCCAGAGAUAAUUUGUCGUCGGCAAACACGACACCGCUAAGCAUCACGGAAGAUCUGUUAGGCCAUCAAAUGGGCAAAAAGAGGUCGUUCAUCCCUCGCUAUGCGGGCUAUCCGUCCUCUGCCGGACGAUCCACGGUUCAGCGAAGCAUUUCGGUCACCGCCGAUUUGGCCGAGUUGACUGAAGCCAAUUUGGCGGCCGAAUGCGGUGAUGAGACGUACGACGAGGCCGAGGAGGACAAUCUCUCGGGCAUUCUCGAGACCCAAUCCGAAACGGGCCUCGUCGUCACGCCUUACACCAAUAAACGCAUUUAUCGCCAGGCCCCAAGAACGAGAUUGAGGGGUGCUAAGUCAGUGUCCAGUUUGUGUCAUGCCAAACGAACCUCCUACAUCACGGCCAGGUCGAGGACGCCGUCGUCGUCCAGCAUCCCAGUACCAAUUAACCAAAGAAACCGCACUCCGUCGGGCGCGGGCGGAUCUUCGGCCACCUCCGGCCGGAUCCAAAGAAGUGGGAGUGGUGUAGCUUCGAAUUUCGACUCUCGUCGCACCUCCAAGACCACCACGUCCUAUGGCGCAGAUGGGGCCCGAAUCACGUCCACCACCACUACUUUCAAUACGGCUGGGACGAGCUCGGCCAAAUCGGAGGGCGCUUUCGGCCAACAAACGGCUACGCGGAAUUGGUAGACUCUCCGGGGAAGACGUGACAAGACCAUCUAGCCCUCUCGAAGAAUCUCGUCUGCUCUUCGAUAUAAAGCAGACAUGCCCCCACCCCAUUCACACUCAUCCCUACAUAAGCACGAUAUAUGCCUAACGUAUGUCGUUUUCUAACCGACUAAAAUGAAGAUGAUGUGCAAUUGACGCUGCCAUAUUCAAAAUCCAUCCAGUAUGAGAACACGAGGUGAGCGAGUCUGAGAGUGAUUGAUUGAGUGAGUGAGUCAGUGAGUGAAUGACAAGUCACGUGAGACAGAGACGAAUGGCCUGGGGUGUGGCCCAAUAAUUUAUAAUACUGUGAUACUCAACAAUGGUUUCCAUGAAGACUUCGAGAACUAUUCCUUAACACUAGAGGAGGUUCCUGACUUCAAAGUGCUGCUCAAAUGAAAACACCAAAUCAGCCCUGUACUAAUAAAGCAACAGGAAAUUCAAGUCCGAAGAGAAAUCUAUUACUUCGCAUUAUGGUCAUCAUCAUCAUCAUCAUCGCCGUCGCCUUCUCGCUAAUCCGAUUAAUCCUCGUAUUAUUAUCAGCCAAUCAUCAUCGUCACUUCCUUGUCAUCCUCUCCUCCCCUUGGAUGAUAGAAGAAGACAACUUCACAAACCCAUACACAUUCCAUUAUUAUUAAUCGUCAAAACAAGAAUCUAAUGGUGCUCCAAGUCCAAGUAAUUACUUCAAUAGUCAGUCAACAAACAACAAACCAAACCCAAAUCAAUCAAUCAGCGUGGUUGGGGAAGAAAAGACCAGACAAUCCUUCCUGUGGAACAACAAUGGAACGAGCAAAAAAGACUCCUAUCAAACAUUGGUCGCAACAUGAGCAGUGUCCAUGGGUGGAUUGGAGAGGGCGGGUUUUAUCUCCGGACGGGUUCGGGGUAUCAACACAUAUAUAAAUCGCCACCGAGGCCACCAUCUUCUCGAACGUGAAGUAAUCCGGACCGGUUAAAUUACCCACCUCUCCAACCACUGAAUUUGGACUUGAAUCAUUAAUGGCCGCCCUCAACUCAAGCGGAUGGAAGGGUCGAGACGUUUUCAUUGACAGGUCGCGGUUUUGGGAUCUGGUUCGAAUUGAAUUUUAGGUGACUAUAUAUGUCCUUGUGUUUUCUGUCUCAUUUCGACUGAAUGAGAAGAUCUAAUAUUUUCCUCGUGAGCCAAGAAAUCAACGAUGAAUUCAGAAAAUUGAAACCAGUCGAGGCAGCAGAAAUGUUGGUGGAUCGAGCCUUCAUGAUUGUAAAAGCCGACCAUGCUUUUAGAUGAGCCACAUGAGCAAUUAUUGGUUCUAUUUUUAUAUUUCGUAAUUUUUGGUCCUGCUGUAGAUGUGUUUCUUUGUUCUCUUCGUUCUUGUGCCGUUGUCGUAUCUUGAAACCUAAAAAUAACUACUUGGAAUGAUUAACAAUGCUAAACCCGAGAAUAUCAAUUAAAGAAUAAACGUAAUACAAGAAA